AUGGCUCAGUAUAACUGUUCCUCUCUGGGUCUGCCUGCCACCACUCCUGACCAGCUGGGUUGGAAUGUGUCCUGGGCCCUAGGCAACGUCAGUGCUGAUGACAUGGACAAUAUGUGCCUGAAUCGGAAUCAGUACCUGGAGAAGUUUCUAGGCUUCCGGAGGUCGCCCGUUUUCCUGCCGGUUUGCAUUACCUUCCUCAUCAUCUUCGCUGUGGGAGUGUCAGGGAACGUGCUCACCUGCGCAGUCAUCAUGCGCUACAAGGUGAUGCGGACGCCAACCAAUUACUACCUGUUCAGUCUGGCCGUGUCCGAUUUAUUAGUCCUACUGCUGGGUAUGCCGUUGGAACUCUACGAGAUGUGGAGCAACUACCCGUUCCUGUUCGGCGCCAGCGGCUGUUACUUCAAAACGUUCCUGUUUGAGACGGUCUGCUUUGCCUCCAUUCUCAAUGUAACGGCACUGAGCGUGGAGCGCUACAUCGCGGUGUUACACCCGCUGAAGGUCAAGCACGUGGCCACGCACACCCAUGCCAAGCGUGUCAUCCUGAUGCUGUGGGUCAUGUCCAUGGUAUGCGCCAUGCCAAACACCAGCCUCCACGGGGUGGCCGUGUUGGGGCCCCGAUUUGGGCGCCAAUUCCCAGAGUCGGCCGUCUGCAUGGUGGUCAAGCCCAUGUGGAUGUACAACCUGAUUAUUCAGGUGACCACGCUGGUCUUCUUCCUGAUCCCUAUGCUCACCAUCACCACGCUGCACCUGCGCAUCGGCCUGCAGCUAAGCAUGGAGAGGGGCAUGCAGGGAGUGGGGACCGGGCAGGGUUUUGGUCCUGACAGCCACUGCAGUGUUCUUAGGCACCAGCAGAGGGCGCGCCACCAACAGGUCACCAAGAUGCUGUGGGUACUGGUGAUCGUUUUUGGCAUCUGCUGGGCUCCCUUCCACAUUGACCGUCUCAUGUGGAGCUUCAUAAACAACUGGACCGACCACCACCACCUGGUUUUCCAGUACGUCCACAUCGUCUCCGGGGUCUUCUUCUACCUCAGCUCGGUGGUCAACCCCAUCCUCUACAACCUCAUGUCUACCCGCUUCCGGGAGAUGUUCCAGCAGAUCACGUGUCGCUCCGGCCUCUGUGGCGGCGACGUGCGCUUGCUGACCGUCCGUAGCACCCAACUGACCCUACGUAGUAUCGUCUAUGAGAAGCCGCAACAUAAUGGGACCCCAGAGAGAAUCACCCCAGACAUAGAGGAGCAGAACAUGUACGUAACCCCCCACUGCCAGCAUGUAUAUGGGAAUACAAGCCCUGAUUAGAUAGAGGGUGAAGGGGUGGGGGUACCAAAACAAUGUAUCAAAAUUAACUAAGAUUGGGCACCAAAAUGAACCAAGAUUGGGUACCAAAAUGACCAAAUGUGUAGCUGAUUGAAUGUGUACAGCGAGAGCUUGGAUUGAGCAAAAGCAACAGAGUUGAAGUUUUGCCCUUGGAUUUAAAGUGGAAUUCUCACUGGGGGAUACCAACAUGAACU